GUCAAUUUUUGAUUAAUUAUUUUGCGAAAUAGCUAAAUUUAUUUGGAGCCUCAUUCUGACCGCAAUUUUGCUCUUUCCAGAUACACAGGGUAGAUCUUCGUAUUGUCGAUUGAUGCUUGCUCAGAAAUUGUUGAACUUAAUUGGAGCUUAUUCCUGGAUUAAUUUGCAGCCGUACUUGCUGAGUAUAAUUGGACUUAUUGUGAGCGCGAUUCUAGCACUUGCAAAUACAUGGAGUCCAUGUUCAUAGGGCUAACAACUUGAGCAGCUUCUUAGCCGUUCAUUUUCAAUUUAAUUAAUUGUUAUUUUUUGUUUAAUUUUCUUAUUAAUCGUCAAUUUUGAAUUUGAUUAGCACCUAAUUAGCAUAGCAUUCAUUAAUAGCCUUAAGGUGUUACUCUGUAUAUGUCAGUUAGUAAAGUAGCAAGUAAUUAUAUGAUUGUUAACUAUUUAGCAAGGUGAUUAGUUUUAAAAGGGAUGGAGAUUCCAAGUGAUGAUUAAUUAUUUUUUUAUCUUGGGAAGUUGUGCCUUUUGUUAUAACAUUAUGGAGAUUCAAUUUUUAGUGUUGUUUUAACAUAUCAAUCUUUGGACAGAUGGAUCUUGGAUGGGCAGCUUACUUAGGUUUUGGUGCUGAAACACUGCAUUACACAUCGGCCUGUCUUUGUUUAUAAUAGGGUUUGACCUUCUUUUGUGUAGAGUUAUGAGCUUUCAAUGGCUGCAGAUUAAGUUCCAGAUGUGGGUGGGCAUGAAACUCGAAAAGUUUCUAUUUAUUUUUCUCGCCUCCUCCAGUAGGUUGUUGAAUACUUGAAACUUCAUGUGCCAACUUACUAUUUGGUGGAUGUGAGAAAUAAUACUAUGAAGGUUGUCAUGGAAACUGAUCCAGGCUUGGGUCCUUCUGUGUAUGAGGGUGGUCCAGCUACAACAGUUAGGGAAUCUUGUGAAAAGGCUGCUGAGAAUGUUGUUCGUUCUCUUCGGAUGGAAUUCAGCAUUCAGGUUGAAGAUUUCACUUCUAAGAAAAUCAAAAGACUUGAGCGCUCUGAAUUUCUGUAUCAGAUGAAGCAUAUUGAGCUAGAAGAAAUGGAAAGAGGAGCAGGGCAAGUCCCAGUUAAGUGGCCAACUGUGCCUGAUCACAAGCGCCGCAAGAAAUAUGUCUGCAUUAAUUACAUGGAUGUUUUUCACGCUCUAUCUUCGGAGACCAAAGUGCGUAUUUCAGAAGUUGAUUCCUUUAAUGUUGGCCCUGGGAAAUUUGUAUCAUGGGUGACAAUUUAUGGAUCUUCGAUUGCUACUGGAGUGGAGUGCUUUUUAAGUAAUGUGCAUGCUGACUCUAAAGCAAUUAAACAAGAUGUAGCUAGGAAGGCUGUUGAUUUCCUACGCGCACUGCAUACAAUCUUGACAUAGUUGAUCUGAACUAUGGGAAUGGGAUUUAUGCUGGCAUAAAGUGUUCUUUGGCUAGAGAGAGCUACUUAGCUGCUAAGGAGCGUGUGCUCGAGAUUUAGGUGCUCUUCACUUAGCUCCUUUUUUAGUUGAGGAAGUUUGUGUUACGCCUAAGUUCGCUGUCCGUAGGAUCCUAACACCUACUCUAUGUGAAACUGCUCUAUGUGUACAUGUAAUUGGUAAGAACUGCUGAACUGCUUUUACAAAGUAUGAUGUAUUCCAUCUUUUUGUACUUGAUCAAUGAAAUACACUUCUCUUACCGUAUUUUAC